CCCAGAUCCCCGACGAUGAAGGUUCCACCGGCGCAGGAGCCGGAUGAGGAGCUCCAACAGGCGCAGUUCCGGAAGGUAGAACGAGAAGGCCAACAAGAAAAGACGAACAAGCUGCUCCUGACCAAUUCCGACCGCUUGUUUCUAGCGCGAUAUUGGUUGGAACAUAGCUCCUCCUCACCUCCUGAAGCCUUCUUGCUUAAGUACUAUCACCCGAACGAGAAUAGUACGGCUUCUGCAGGUGUUGACCAGAAAUUAAUCGACGGAGAUGAAAAAUCUUCUGACCAAGGACAUCUUCCUGGCAGCAAAGAUCAUGCGGCGGCGAGAAGGAGUAGAGAUAGAGUCCGAGCUGCCUUACCGGCGGAACCGGGGGCGAAGAUGACGCUAAACGACCUUCAUUCUGUGCACUGGUUUUUGUGGCCCAUCAUCUGGGCGUACUGCAAAGAUAAACGGAAAAAUGAUCAACUACCCGCAGAUGGAGUUGUUGCACCACGACAGAAGUUCUACCGCCCACAAGAAAACGACGACCGAACAACAACUCCAUUAGAAAUGAACAACCAGAGCAGGGUCUCGCUUUCAACCACGCCGAUCCGCGCAUACCACCUGCUUAACUGUUUGUGCACGGCCAAGGAUCCGUCUCAGAUUCGAGCGAUCGUGAAAACGGCCUUUUCCGAUUACCAUGACUGGCACUCCCAUGUCGGGGGGAAAGCGGGCGAGAACAGUGCAAAUGCCAGCGUAGGUGGACGACCGAGCGAAGAAGUGCUACACGAUAAAUACAACGGGUACGGGGUCCUGCCGACCAAUGCCAGCGGAGUAGACGAAAAUAAACAUCAUCUAAUUCUUCCCCUGCCCUUUGACGACCGCGAGUCCUCCAUGAGCACUGGUUGCUAUCGACCCCAUCAAAAGGUCCCUCUGUACCGCGAAGACGACAGCGACGCGUUUUUUCCAGCUGAAAAUCAAGAGGAGUUCGACCACAUGGCAAAAGUUUACCAGGAGUUUCUACCUUUCCUGCCGGACUGUGUCCACACCGUCGCCCAGCUCGCGAUUGAACAAAUGGAGCAGAACGACGCCCUCGAACAUCCCCGCCGCCAGCGCAACAACGCGGCGUGGCUGCGGAACUUCGUGUUGAGCGGUCCUCGUGGGGGUUCUCGUUCUCGUCGUGGGCCGCUACGGGAAAGUGGAGGUGCUGCAGGAUCUAGUUCUUCAUCUUCUUCACGCGGCUGCUGUACCUCAUCCACAACUUCUUCGAGUUCCAUUCCGAGUUGCGGCCUCUCAGAAGACCACGAGGACAGGGGAAUAA